GCAACCCCGCCCCCCAGCCCAGCUCGCCCUCAGUCCCACCUGGCCCUGCGGCCAAGCGCCCUCCUGUCAGCUCCCCCCCCCAGCUCGUACGGAGUAGGGAGACGUGGGAACUGGAAUUGGGGGGAGGGAGCUCUGUCCCCAUCAGCUGCCGGGUCUCUGCUGGAGGCUCCCAGGCAUCGUCCCCAUCUUUUGGUGCUAGUGCCCCAUAGGUGGGUUGGGGGUUCGAGCUUCAGGGCCAUCUGCUGGGACCUGCCUCGUGCUCCCCACGCAGCCCCAGCCACCUGCCCAGGAACAGCUGUGCCCAGGCCCCACACCCCCCAGCGGGGCCCGUGUGUCAGGCGUGCGCUCUCUCCCCAGCCUGUCCCUGCCAUCAGGAUGGAGUUGCACUGGAGAAGGCUCUUGCCCUUGCUGCUGGGGCUGCUGUUUGGCCCCUGGGGCACAGGCUCCUCCUCACUUGAGCCUUGCCGGAUCUGCCGGGACCUCGCCAGCAGCUUUCUCAAGGGCCUGGAGCGGACAGAGCGGGAGAAUUUUGGGGGAGGGAACACGGCCUGGGAGGAGGAGAAGCUGGCAAAAUAUGCGCACAGUGAGACGCGCCUGCUGGAGGUGCUGGAGAGCGUGUGUGGCAAGUUGGACUUUGCGUGUCACCAGCUGCUGGAGCAGAGUGAGGACCACGUGGAGAGUUGGUGGUUCCAGGGACAGCAGCAGCACCCUGACUUCUUCCAGUGGCUGUGCAUGGACACUCUGAAGGUCUGCUGCCCACCUGGCACCUAUGGCUCUGACUGCCUGCCAUGUGCUGGUGGGCACCAGCAGCCGUGCAGCGGUAAUGGUAAAUGUGACGGCGAGGGAACGCGCACGGGCACUGGCCUAUGCAUGUGCAGCCUGGGCUACGGCGGCUCCUUCUGCUCCGAGUGCGCAGACGGCUACUACGAGGCAGCCAGGAACGAGAGCCACCUGAUAUGUGCUGAGUGCUACCAGGCAUGCGGGCGCUGCUCAGGGCCAGAGGACUCCAGCUGUCUGCGCUGCAAGAGGGGCUGGGCGCUGCAUGAGCACAGGUGCAUUGACAUUGAUGAAUGUGGCACGGAGAUGGCGCAUUGUCGAGCCAAUCAGUUCUGCGUCAACACCGAAGGUUCCUACGAGUGUCGAGACUGCGCCAAGGCCUGUGUCGGCUGCAUGGGCGCUGGGCCUGCCCGCUGCAAAAGGUGCAACAAAGGCUACCAGCGGGAUGGAGCAAAGUGCCUGGAUGUGGACGAGUGUGCCACUGCGCAGGAACCCGUCUGCACCGGGGCCCACGAGGUGUGUGAGAACACGGACGGCAGCUACCGGUGCGUGUGUGCGGAGAGUCACGUGCGCAGGGACAGCGAGUGUGUGGAGGACAAACUCCCAGACACCCCGGCAAAGGGCUUUUUCGAUGAGGUGACGGAGGACGAGGUGGUGGUGCUGCAGCAGAUGUUCUUCGGUGUGGUGAUCUGUGCGCUGGCCACGCUGGCUGCCAAGGGUGACAUGGUCUUCACCGCCAUCUUCAUCGGUGCAGUGGCAGCCAUGGCUGGCUACUGGCUAUCGGAGCGCAGCGACCGCGUGCUCGAUGGGUUCCUGAAGGGCAGAUAGCUCCGGGCGGGAGGCUCCUCCCUGCCCCGAUACAGGGCCUGGGUGGGCGAGGCCCAUAGCACUGGCUUGGGGACUGUCCCUGUGAUGCGGAGCAGGGGGCACCUGGCUCCAGGGGCCCCAGGACUGAGG